AUGGCGGCUCGACACGGGAAACUCUGCGAGUUCAACGCGGGCGUAGAUAAUGUCGAAGACUACAAAGAACGAUUCUUGCUCUAUUGCACGGCAAAUGAAAUCACGGACGACGACAAGAAGAUAGCUGUUCUUCUGACGUCGAUGGGCACAAUGACGUACACGUUACUAAAGAAUUUGGUACGACCGGCGGCUCCUCAAGACAAAUCGUUGGAUACGCUCUUCAAGCUAUUGCAAAACCACUAUGAACCGAGAAUUAUCGUCAUCGCAGAGCGUUUUCGCUUUUAUAAGCGAAUGCAGCGGGAAGGCGAGAAUAUUGCUGUUUACGUUUCGGAGCUGCGACGCCUCGCCAAACAUUGUGAUUUCGGUGAGCAGCUCAAUACUGCAUUACGCGAUCAAUUAGUCUGUGGGUUGCUACACGAGAAUAUACAGCAGAAGAUUUUAGCCGAGGCAGAGCUAACGCUGGAAAAGGCUCUGCGGAUUGCACAAGCUGCAGAGACAGCCAGAGCGGAGACACAACACCUCCGUGGGGAGUCGACACGACACGCAGCUAGUGGACAUUCCAGGACAUUGGAGACGGCAUUUGCUGUCAAGAGAGCGACCACAAGCAGCCGCAGCCAAUCGGGAUCGUUGCGUGCUUUGGAUAAGGCAUGUUAUCGUUGCAAUGAUCAUGGUCAUGACCCAACCAAGUGUAGAUUAAAAAACUACACGUGUCUGUUCUGCAAGACGAAGGGCCAAAUCGCUAAAGCAUGUCGGAAGAAGCAACGAGAUAACGCGAAAGAUAGCACGGAGGGCAAUUGGCGUACAAAAAGGAAACCGAAGACUCAGUCUACAUAUCAAGUAGAUGCAGAAGAUGUAAGCCUCAUUUGUUCUUUGUCUGGUAGAGGCGGGGUCAAGGUGACAAUAGAGGUGGCAGGCAGGAAUGUGGAGAUGGAAGUGGACACUGGAGCUUCAGUGAGUGUUGUACCAACCCAGAUAUAUAGUGAAGUUCUAUCCCACGUACAGCUGAAGAAGAGCACUGCCCAACUUCAGUCAUAUAGUGGUGAACGAUUGAAGGUGAAAGGAGAAGCUGUUGUACCAAUCAAGUAUGGAAUACAACAAUCCAUGGAGCGGUUGAUUGUAGUAGAUGUGAGUGAUAAGCCAGCAGUCUUGGGACGAGAUUGGCUGUCAAACCUCAAGCUUGAUUGGGCUUCUCUGUUCAAAGUUGAUAGUGGAGUUUUUGAUGUACCUGAGAAGUUUCCUCAGUUGUUUGCAGAGGGAGUAGGUACUUUGCAAGGCUAUCAAGCCAAGAUAACUUUGUCUGCAGAUGCCAAGCCACAGUUCCAUAGGCCACGCCCAGUGCCUUAUGCCUUACAACAGAAGGUAGAGGAGGAGCUUAAUCGACUUCAGGAAGAGGGCAUUAUACAGCCAGUGGAAAACAGUGAGUGGGCAGCACCUAUCGUCAUUGUGAGAAAGGCUGAUAAUUCUAUCAGAAUUUGUGGCGAUUACAAGGUAACAAUUAACCCCUACCUGGAGAUGGACAAUUAUCCAAUGCCAAAUGCACAGGACUUGUUUGCAUCGUUAGCAGGAGGGCGGUUCUUUACACGUCUGGAUAUGAAACAAGCUUACAUGCAGAUGCGAGUGGAUGCAAGCAGCCAAAGGUAUUUGACUAUCAACACUGCCAAGGGCCUGUUUGCGUACACACGUAUGCCCUUUGGUAUUUCGACUGCACCCGGAAUUUGGCAGCGAGCAAUGGACAACGUUCUUACGAGAAUGCCAGGAGUGUCCUGUUAUUUAGACGACAUUCUGAUUGUGGGCCAAUCCGAAGAACAACAUGACGAACGUCUUCAUCAAGUCUUGGAAAGACUGAGUCAAGCGGGACUUCGUCUGAAAAGAGAAAAGUGUGAGUUCAAGAAAACUAGAGUUGAGUACCUUGGUUAUGUUGUGGAUGAGCAUGGACUUAGACCGGCUGAGAAAAAGCUGGCAGCAAUACGACAAGCUCCAGAGCCAAGUAACACAACCGAGCUAAGGGCAUUCUUAGGCCUAUUGAAUUAUUAUGGAAGGUUCUUGCCUAACCUCUCAACCAUGCUACAACCACUGUAUAGUCUGCUGCAGAAGAACACAUCGUGGGAAUGGGGUGCAAAACAAGCAAAGGCUUUCCGGCAAGCCAAACAGAAUUUGUUGGAAUCGGAUUUCUUGACCCAUUAUGACUUGAAGAAACCGGUACGUCUUGCUUGCGAUGCUUCACCGUAUGGAGUGGGAGCCUGUCUCACACAUGUAAUGUCAGACUGUAGUGAGCAACCAAUCGCUUUUGCUUCACGAACCUUGACCACGGCAGAAAGAGGAUAUGCUCAAUUGGAACGAGAAGCGUUAGCACUCAUCUUUGGAGUGCGACAAUUUCAUAAAUAUUUGGUGGGAAGGUCAUUCACACUUGUAACUGACCAUCGACCACUGUUGAAGAUAUUGGGUCCGAAAGAGGGAGUACCUACUCUAGCAGCGGCUCGACUACAGCGUUGGUCACUAAUUCUAAGUGCUUAUCAAUACAACCUCGAAUACACAUCAGGAGUGAGCAACAAAGAAGCUGAUCUACUUUCGAGACUACCCAUUCCAGUCAACGUAGUGGAUCCUAAUGAGAAAAUCUAUGCUAUUGAUCAUUGUGAGCAGUUACCUGUUACAGCGCAAGACAUUGCUAAGGAACUGCAGCGAGACUCCAUACUACGACAAGUUUACGAGUACACUUUGCGUGGAUGGAAGCCUAAUGUAAGUACACAGUUACUGCCGUAUGCACGACGAGCGGAUGAGCUUACAAUUGAAGACGGGUGUCUACUGUGGGGGAAUCGUGUAAUUAUUCCAACCAAGCUUCAAGGCACAGUGUUACAAGAGAUUCACGAAGGUCAUAUUGGCCUCUGUCGAAUGAAAUCUCUAACACGGAGUUUCGUGUGGUGGCCAAGACUAGACCAAGAUCUAGAGGAGGUAGUGAAGACUUGCACAGCAUGUCAGAGUAUACGGAAUAAGCCGUCUCAUGUGAUGUCACAUCCAUGGAUCUACCCAGAUGCGCCCUGGACUCGCCUUCAUGUGGAUUUUGCAGAGUUCAAGGGAAAGCAAUACCUUGUGGUAAUUGAUGCAUUUACCAAGUGGCCGGAAGUCCAUGAGCUCGGAAUACAUGCCACUACGACUCAGACAGUUGAAGCAUUGAGGAGGUCAUUCAGCUGCCAUGGAAUCCCUCAAAGGCUAGUUUCAGAUAACGGGCCUCAAUUCGUGGCAAGAGAGUUUCAAGACUUCGUGAGAGCGAACGGGAUUAGACAUCAAAGGACACCUCCGUAUCACCCUGCUUCGAAUGGACAGGCAGAACGGUUCGUGCAGGAGCUCAAGAAGUCUCUGAAGAUGAGGCCACCAGAUCGGUCAAUUAGUCAUCAGAUUUCGUUACUGUUGUUGAAAUAUCGAACAACCCCAAACACUACUACUGGGAAGACACCAUCAGAACUACUGAUGAAACGUGAGCUGAGAACACGGUUGACAUUAGUAAGACCAGAGAGUGGACGACAAAUUCGAGACAGGCAGAGUGAGAGAUACGAAGAAGCAACAAAAUACGUUAGAAAUCUUAACCCAGGAGACACAGUGGCAGUCCUCAACACACGUCGAGAUAGCCGAGGGAAAUGGCUGACAGGAAUCAUCCUACAGCGCUUGGGACCAACAAACUACAUGGUGGACGUGAACAAUCACCUCCGAUAUGUUCAUAUCGAACAUAUCAGGAGACGAGAUGAAAGGAGUGUGCCUGCUGUCAUAGAGACAUCAGAUGAGGCGGGUACUGAAACAACUACAGAUAUUACUUCUAAUCCACGACCAACACUUGAACAGACAGGACAAACAGAACCUACUAGUCCAGUGAGAGAAGCACAACAAGCAGAAGAACCUGUUACAAUAGCCACACCAUCUCUUGCUGAGGGAGCUACAGCGGAAGUAAGGGGAACAUCAAGUGGAACUGAUCGACGUUAUCCAGUUCGAGUUAAUCGUCAGUUACCCCUCCGAUAUAGACAAAGCUAAGGAAAGAGGAGUGUGGUAGACUGGUACAUAGAUUGGUGAGCAUGCGUAGGUUGGGGUGUCAUAUACUUAGAUAAUUAGAUAAGUGACUGUUAGCACUUGUUGGAUUGCUGUUGCGUUAGAGUCUGAGCAUAGCAUAGACUGAUAGGGUGUGAUAGCUUGUGCCGAUCUGGAACGUAGCUUACGACUGUUAUAAUAUAUAUAUAC